AUGACCAAUGGGACUUUGCCUCAACUCCACUUGUUCGCCGAUGGGCUUUACUUUGGAGAAAGUCCACGAUGGCGUGAUGGGAAAUUGUACAUAUCCGAUAUGACAGGGAGGAAAAUUUACGUCAUCGACUCGUCUGGCAGGAAAGAAGUGCUCGUGGAAGUCGAGAACCAACCAAAUGGCAUGUGUUUCAAAGAAGACGGGAGCCUCGUCUACUCCUCCAUGUUCGACGGGAAACUGUAUGAAUACAAGAAUGGCCAGAGCCAGCCUUACGCUGAUCUUUCCUCCGUCAUGACUGGCUACUGCGGCGACAUGGUCAUUGACGCCCAGGGCCGGGUCUACAUGGAUGACACAGGUGCUCGUGUGUUACAUGGAGAAAAGCCGUGUCCGGGACGCAUUCUGCUCAUUGAGACCGAUCGAAGCAUCAAAAUUGUCGCGGACAACAUCGUAUUCCCGAACGGCAUUGGCAUUGACAGCGCAGGGAAACACCUGUACAUUUCGGAGACCUUUGCCUACCAGCUGGACAAGUUCGAAAUUGCCGAAAACGGCGACCUUCGGAACCGUCGCGUUUAUUGGGAUACGCACGAGCUCCCCACAGCGGCGGGACAUGAAUGGAAUAGAUUCUGUGGAAUUGACGGGCUAUGCAUCGACAGCGAAGACGGUGUAUGGCUGAGCAUGCUCGGGCAUAAUGCAUUCAUUCGCAAGGACGCGCAAGGGAAUAUUACCGAUCGGAUCGAUGUCGACGGUGAUGCCACGGCCUGUGCAUUGGGCGGGGAGGACGGAAACACUUUAUUCCUAGUUGUCAAUAAGGUCCCUGAGGGGAUGGACCUGUUUCAAGCGAUGGUCGACAAACUUACAAAAUGUACCAUAUAUACCAUGAAAGCGGCGGUGGGUCGUGGUCACGCCAGGCCAUAA